CUGUCCACUCGCCGCGGCCCUCGGAGCCCGAGUGGGAGACACAUCACAUAUAUAAUGCCUGCCAUUCGACCCCUCGACAAGCAGUAACACAGCUUCGUCAUGAAGGCAUUCGUGUGCGUAUUAUUAUUGGCCGCGGCCGCUCACGCCGGCUUCAUCAGCAGCGGAGGCUGGUCGGGGGGCGGCGGCGGCGGCGGCUACGGCGGCGGCAGCGGUUGGUCCAGCCUCGGAGGCGGCUGGUCUAGCGGCGGCGGCGGUGGCGGCUGGAAGCUGGGCGGCGGCGGCGGCGGCUGGUCGAGCGGUGGAAGCAGCGGCUGGCCCAGUGGCGGCGGCGGCGGCUGGUCUAGCGGAGGCAGCAGCGGUUGGCCCAGCGGUGGCGGCGGACAAGUGAAAAUCAUCAAGAUUAUCACCUCUGGCGGCGGCGGCGGUGGCUUCGGAGGCGGUCACGGAGGCUGGUCUGGCGGUGGCAGCAGCGGCGGCUACGGUGGCGGCUGGAAGUCGAGCGGUGGAAGCGGGUGGUCUAGCGGAGGAAGCGGCGGUUGGAAGCUCGGCGGCGGCAGCAGCGGCUGGUCCAGCGGUGGAGGUGGCGGCGGCUGGAAGCUCGGCGGCGGCGGCGGCGGCGGCGGGUGGUCCAGCGGCGGCGGCUCCUCUGGCUGGUGGUGAUCUCCAAAUGUGAUGUUUUAGCUAAAUAAAGUACAAUUAUACCUCU